GUGAAACGUUACCUGCCUGGAGUUGUCCGGGCCAGUGAGAACUUACAGGUAUGGCUCUGUCACAGCGCCUGGACGAUUCGCCUCUGAGGCUGGGYCCAAGACAAGUCCAGUCCGACGAGCUGAACCUGCAGGAGGUUUACAACGAGAGGCACCGCUUGGCUCUGGAGCAGCUGCUGUCCGGAGGGGUCAGCGACUUUCUGGAUUUCCUCAGAGAAGAGAGGAUUCCCAACUUUCUGUCAGACGAUGAAAUCCAACGGAUCCGGAGCGCCGCCGUGCCCCCGCGGUGCGCUUCCCUCCACGSGGAGGACCACCAGCAGGCGCUGGAGCCGUCGCUCGGCGGUUCACUGGACUGCUCGUCGGUCACCUACUUCCCCGAGGUGUCGGACGUGGAGCCCCCGCUGCUGGAGCUCGGCUGGCCCGCCUUCACCGCGGGGUCGUACCGGGGAGUGACGCGGGCCGUGGCGCACUUCCAGCCCAGCUACGGAGAGAGGAUUUACAGCUGCAAGGAGGCUGCGAGGAGACUCAUCAAAAGUGCCAGAGAGGUGAUUGCCAUAGUGACGGACUCCCUUACAGAUCUGGACAUCUUCAAAGAUCUUCAGGAGGCCUGCUCCCGCCGCAAAGUCCCCGUCUACAUUCUGCUUGACCAGGCGUGCGCUCCCGCUCUCCUGGAGAUGUGCAGAGGCGUCGGCGUUCGCCUGGACGACCUGCGGCAAAUGAGAGUGCGAACCAUUACCGGUACGACUUACUACACCAGAUCUGGAGCCAGGCUGACUGGGAAAGUUCACGAGCGGUUCAUGCUGAUUGAUGGAAACAGAGUGGCUACAGGUUCCUACAGGUUCAACUGGACUGAUGGCAAACUGAACAGCAGCAACCUGAUUGAGCUCUCCGGUCAGAUAUCAGAGAAGUUUGAUGAGGAGUUCCGCAUCCUCUACGCCCAGUCUCUGCCUUUAAACACUCGUGGACCACCAGGUGUCAGCAGCAUCUUCGAGAACCUCAUGGUCAAACACUCAGUGACCUCCUCCCCUCGCUUGGCCAAAGAGAAGCCUGCUGAACUGGCGUGUCUGACGAGCACGCCCAGCCGGAAGCCCCAAACAUUAGUGUUCGAGUCUCCGUGUGAGCCCCCUUCUCCAGAUCAUCGCAGAGCUGGCCCGGCGUCCGACUCCUCCACYGUACAUGGGCCGGAGCAGAAGCACAUGCAGGAGCAGAUCCUGGCUGGCAGCAUGACUCGGCAUUUUCCUGUAGAGCAGCAGCCUGUCUCCUGCCACGCUUCAACUCAGACCAGCCAGUCGGUGGCGGACAGCGACACCCAGACCGACAUCCAGCUCGCGCAGCACCUCGGCUUCGGUACGCCUUCGAGCGCAGGGCCAGUCCACGCCACCCUGCCGCCGCCCACUUCCCGGCCCCCCCGGGUGGCUCCGGAUGCCACUUUAAAGGACACCUUCCACAAGCUGACCAAAGAGCGCCAGCACCACUAUUCAGCCAUCCGCUCUAAACUGGAGCACAUGAUGACGUCGCUAACCGAGAGGCGAGAGCUGGCGGACGUCACCAACAUGACUCGGGGGGUCGGUGCACUCAGCAGGCAGAGGGUACACAAAGACUGCGAGCUGGAACCAAAUCCCAGACCGCCUGUUGAAGGUGCAGCAAUGGGCACUUGGCCUAGAGCCAGAUGUGUACACUAGUCUGUCUGUCGGGAUUUUAGAGCUGUAAGGUAGUGGGUUUUUUAUUUUUUUAAAGGUUUAUUGUUCUGCAAAGAUGUUUUUCGCCUGUGAGGUGAAUUCAUUCUCUGGUUUCCUUCAGUGUCUAAUUUUCUUUCUUUUCACCUUGUUUUAUAAACAUUUUGUGGUGAUGGGACUGCAGAGCUGCAGCUAACAUUAAUGUUAUGCAGAGGUUUUUUUUUACUAAAAACAGUGCAAUAACACAUCCAAAUAAUGUAACAAAGCCUGAGUGGGCAAGAGUGGCUGGAAUCUGCUGUAGUGCGAGUGAAAAUGAGCUGUGGCUGCUGUAACUACACCCAAAGGUCAAUCUGGAGAGCAGCUGCGCUCACUGUGCCGUGGAAAUAAAGUAAUAUUUUGCUCCAUUA